AUGGCAGAUGUCUGGCUGUUCACUGCGUCGUGGCAGGGGCAGCAUGUUUGCUUCCAGUGCUCGGUUAUCACGAAAGGUAAGGAAGACUACGUGUACUGCAACAAUGAUCCGUCAACCUGCCAUUGGCUUCGGGAAAGAAUUACUUUGGAUCAGUUCAUUGCUCGUCGUUUGAAGGAGAAACAGCUCUGCUGGGAGUACUGCAACCCCAAAGUUCCGGAGAUCACCUGGACGGACGUCUACACCGUGGCGUCUGGGAGACCCAACGACCACGGCCACCGGGGCACCAAGGGCGUUUCGGUUCACGCGAACUCGUUAAAAAGGGGGCCCCUUAACCGACACCGGCGAUGCCACGAUGCUCUCAGGGAGACUCCCAAGAUGCUUUGGAACGACGUGGUGUCGGGAGCUCAGCCGGCCGAAAUGUUGACAACUCCGGUCUUGGGGCGAUUCGUUCGCUUCCUCUCAGCAUCCGGAAAUUGCCAGAUCCAAGAGAUGCAGGUCGUGGGGCAGCUGGUUGCACCAGCCGAAACUUGUGAAGUCGCAGUGCGCAACGCCACUGGGACGUUGGAAAAAACUGACGUGCAAUACAUGACUGGACCCAAUCUGCACAUGAACCUGCGACGACUAGCCUGGCGUGGUGGCAUCCACUACUACGAGGAGUUCCCACAAGCCAUGAGCGAGUGGGUCAGCAGCUCAGAGGCCACCAUCACCUUUGCAGUGAACAAGACGCCCACCGUGACACAUAUCUCGCCUAUGAACGGCACAGCACGUGGUGGCACGAGUGUGACCAUCUAUGGAACCAAUUUUGGACCAACUUGGAUGGCGGACCCCAUGGAGGAGAACGCAACCACGCCCGUGACCGUGGACUUCAAUGGAUACAGCUGCGAAGUGCAGCAGGUGACCGCAAGCAGCGUGAUUUGCGUCACCGUGCCGCGUAGCGACGGCAUCAAGCCCCCCAGCAUGACCGUCACAGUGGAAGGUGCUGGAAACGCAUGGAUCAAGCCUGGUACACGAUACCGAUACCUGGACCGCUGGUCCUUGCUGGAUACCUGGGCCAACCAGGAACCACCAAUUGAAGAUGCCUUGGUCUCCAUUCCACAGGGUCAAGCGAUCCUGUUGGAUGAGGACACACCAGUCUUGUUGAUUCUGACAGUGGAAGGUGUACUGGUCUUUGACAACAAAGACAUCCAUCUGCAAGCGACCUACAUCUGGGUCAAGGGUGGAACUAUGGAGAUUGGCACGGAGCAGAAACCUUUCCUCCAUCGCGCUUUGAUCACCUUGCACGGCCAGAAGUACUCGACCAUUCGACUUCCGGUGAUCGGCGGCAAAGUCCUGGCGGUGUCCAACACGCAGUUCACCAUCCGGGAACUCGGGGACAACGCGGUGGAGGAGGGCAACAUCGGUACCCUGGACAUCCACGGAAGGCCCCGGAUCAAGGUGUGGACACGCUUGGCCGAAACCGCCAACAAACACGACACCGUCAUUGUGCUUCAGGAUGUCGUGGAUUGGCAACCUGGGGAGGAACUGAUGAUUGCUGCCACAGACAUCCCACACAAGCACUUCGACGGGAACGGCCUGCACGGCGCACCGCCUGUGGAUUUCCACAAUGAGCGCGUCUUCGUGCAGAGUGUGGCCUCUGACAUGAAGACCAUCACUCUGACGGCACCAUUGAAGUAUACCCACAUCUCCACCUACUUCACCCGACCUUUGGACAACGAGUACAUUGACCUCUCCGCUGAGGCGAUGCAGCAACGACCAUCGAUUUUUCCCCCGGCAAUGUACGCCAGAUCGAUUGCUCUGGCGUAUGGAGACGCAGCUGUGCUCACUGCUUUGAUGGAGCUGUCAGCACAGGGUGGCGCUCUUGUCCAGGAACGUGAAGAUCCAGGGAGAAGCGUCACCCGGACGGCCCAAGGGUUACCGGUUGAGCCGGUUGACCUACAUGAGGUUCGGUUCAAAUCGAAGAAGAUGGAGACCCUCCGGUAA